AUGAAGAAAAUUGGUGAUGAUUUUCAAGAGUUAGUUGAUGUAGCUCCUGAAUUCAUCUCAGAACAGUUUUUGGCUGGUGAAUUUUAUCGUCGAACUCCAACUGGAUUAACCGGGUAUAUUUUGAAUAAUAGACCUCCAGAAACUACGACGUGGACACAAUUAUCAGACAUGGCUUGUAAUUAUGAAAAUACUUUCAAGCAAGCUCAACCAAACAGGACCAAGUUGAAUUUUAAAAUUUCCAAAUCCUAUAAAGGGAUGGAGAAAAAGAAGCCUGUCAAAUGUUUCAAGUGUAACAAAGUGGGUCAUUUGGCUCACCAAUGUAAGAACUCAAUAAAUAAUACGUCAAAAAACUAG